GUCAGGCCAGAUGGUGAGGGCCAAUGGUAACGAUCACAUAAAAUUUGCAAUGAAUAUAUUCGUAGAUCGCUGAUCUUGUCGCUCACUGUCUUGUAGGCAUACGAGCGUAAUGAUUGGUUAGCUAAGUGUAUUUCGUCAGAGGCACGAUUGUCGCUGAAAGCUGAUGGCUUGUAACUUUUGACGAUUAUUGUUAAAAAUUUUCAAUAAUCGUACUGAAUAUGUCAACAACCUUUCAAGCCCAAAUUUCCUGCUUAGGGAGCAAAACUAAAUACUUGGCAGAGCUUAAGAAGCCGGUUAUUCGCCCCUUGAUACAACUUGCUGUCAAGUCGAUUCAAAGAGAUCACAUCGAAGAAGGAGUGCUGGAUAGAAUAUGUGAAAAAUAUAAUGUUACCCAGGAAAAUAUCGACCAAUGGUAUAGUGCGGUUUUAAAAAUUUUACACACACAUCUGCGUUAUCCAUCGGGCUCUGUUAAACCUGCAGAAUUCAAAGAAUGUCUUCAAGAUUUGAAAUUGUCGCCCGAUUGCAUAGAAGAUUUAUCCACUGUUGCUUAUGGCCAAAGAAGAGUAGUUCUAGUUAAUGAAUUACUAUACAUCACUAAGUUUUAUCCACAUAUAAAAUCGUGUCGAUGGAGAAUAGACAUUAACAUUUCCUCGAGCGUCUUAUCGAGAAUCAUGGAACCAAGUAUUAUAAUGGAAUGGACAUUAAGCUCAGGCGAGUGCAAAAUGUUUGAAUUAUCCAUGGCCAAAUUUCAUCAACUUAGACACGCAGUAGCCAGCCUACUGAGAGAGAUUCAAAUCUUUGAACGGCGCAAUACAUUCAAAAAUUAUUCCACCUCUAGUAUAGAAAUGAAAUAAAUAACAUAUAGCUCUAAAUAUAAGCCCAGGGAAACUCGAAUUGUAAUAUACAAUAUUACAAGUGCCAUUGCAAAUGUGAUACCCUUAAAAAGGAGACAUCAUUUUUAUAAGAUAACCAGGAUAUUUUACUUGUGCAUACAUUUGUAAUAAUAAUAGCUGAUACCACAGAGCAGUGAAUAUAAUAUUCUUUAUAUAAGUAUAAUAGAAGGAGAAAAGGAUAAAAUAAUUGAUUGUUUACUUGUAUUCUUGAUUUGGAAGAAAAUAAAGUCACUUACUAUAAUUUAUGUUAGAAAAUGUUAAAGCUGUGUUAUUUCAAUGCUGCGUAAAUCAUUGGCUUUCAUAAAUGAGUGAAAUACGUCAAUUGCCUGAUUCAUGAUUUUAGUUUUUGAUCAUUGAUUUGAUUAAAAUUCAUAGAGCUGCCACUCCUCCUGUGGUCCCCGUAUUUGAGGGUAAAGGUAGUUCUUUUGCGAGUUUGUACUCUUGGUAUAUCUAAACUGACGAAUUGAUCCGUGGUAGAUGGUGCGCUACUCUGAAAAGGAAGAGAAAGUAAAUUUUAAUAUUUUAUCGAAACCUCGUUUUUCACGAAUGUCUCAUUAAACAAUAAUAUCAAUUCAAUGUUUUAACUUUCUUAUUGAAUAACAUCUUACGUGUAGAAUCUCUUACACACAAUAAUGUAAAGCAAGUCAGGCACAUGAAGUAUUCUGCAUACUUUUUGCACAAAUAGUUAUCACUUGUCAUUUAUAUAUUACUUACUCUGUAAAAUGUAUUCCAAAAUGCAGUGAAAGCAGUUUUAUCCAAGCUUGCUUGUUGGCGCAGCGUAGGUAUAGAAUAUUUAUCAUCUCCACACCUUGCAAUUAGUCCAACACUUACAGCACAGUUCAACUUUUCAUUUAACUCUUUCUUCAGUGCAUUUGGAUCAUUGUCUAUAGGAUAACAGCGUCGCAAAUGGCUGGCAAUCAGGGCAGAACUAAUGUAUGCUCUUCUUGUUUGCAACUCUUUAACAACAACACGAAUCAUCUGCGGAGUAAUAGGAACUGUGGCUCUCCAAGCUGAGUAUUAAAAUGAAAAUUAUUAUGUAAUUUAUUUGACCACUUAUAGUUUAUCAACAAUUUGUCACACUUAUGAUCAAAUCUAAUUAGGCAAGAAAUGUUGCAUACCUGAUGCCAUGUACCUCCUUUGGUAACUAUUUUUCCGUUUCUUAGCAGUAUUGCGUUGUGAUCUUGCAGACUUUCGUUUAUAGGCUGCAUUGCAUUUUGAAAAGUUUACGGGUUCUAACAAAUGACUCGUACGCUCAACAUCUGAGUUAAUGAAUGAAAGAUACAAUAAAAAAUAACGUAAUGCGAAUGUACAAUAAUUUUCCUCGAUGUAACACCUGAACUUGGAAACUCGCAGAAGUUUCGAGUUUGUCGGCAAGAUUUCUUGGCAGUUAUCUGUUUCCCUUCAGCAGCUUCCGAAACUCUCUGAUUUUUUUUAUAUCUAUCUUUGGACAUACCUAUAGAAUUCUCAAGCACUUGUGUCAUACAAUCACUUUGAAAAAGCUAAGGUUCUUUUAUACACAGCAGAGUUCAUGAGAAAAUUGUUGAAAGAAUUAAUAGUUUAACAGUAAGAGAUGACAGAACAAUAUCCGAAAGUCUAGUCUUCAGAGAGCAGCUUUUGUAUGGUUGCCAUGGAGAUAUGACAAACAUCAGAUGAUACUACAGCUUUAGAGUCCCUUUUUUAAGAACUCUAGUUCAGCUUCCAAGUCAAUUCUCACACAAAAUAGGCAUUGCUUUGUACCCAUGUUAGUACCUGAUUGCUACUUACCUGUAUUCUAAAAGAACGAUCUAAUGACAAGGACCACAAGUGCGAUCACGUAUUAUAGCAUUGAAACAUAAGUAAUUGCAACCCGCAAAUUCAUACUACAUUUGUACUACCGCUUAUUAAUAUAAUAAUAUUUCACAUAUAUACGUGCCAAAUAUGUCCAAAAGUUAUCCAAGCUAAGAACUAAGGUGAAAACAUCAUAAAUAAAUCAUCAACAUAUGUCAAGUAUAAGAUUUUUUUAUGGCUGCACGGAAUUUUGUAUUUAUUACAAAUGAGUUUGUUUUCUGCAUUACAAAUUCAAUACUAAUCGCCAACGGAUGUGAAAGAAAAAUCAUACUGUCAGUAAUAUCUUAUUCUGAUAACAACAAUGACAUUAUACCGAUAUUUUAAUGUACAAUAGGUAUUUGAUUUGCUGGUAAUUUUUUAAAAAUAUUUAUGUGAACAUAUAUUUUUGCAGUUAAUUUUUUUUGUAACAUCAAAAUCUUUUAGUCAUGGUGAAAAAUAUAUGUAAAUUAUUCAAGUAACUUGCAUCAAUUCGAAAUUAUUGUUUAUAAUUAUGUUAAAAAUACUGCUUCAUUUUAAUUCCGUUUAACACAGAUGCACACAUAUUCCUUAGUCGUAUAAUAUUUUUUUCACUCGCGCUAAAUACUUGCAUUCAAUCCGAAAUGUUCAAAUAAAAAUGAAAUGAAAAUGACAUUAAAAUGACAUAAUGCUUCCGCAUUAUAAUAUUUAUACUUCGAAAUUUCGUAGGAUGAUCAUUCGUAACGUAUACCAGUAAUGUACAAAAUUGUCUUCUUCAUUUCUUGCGGCAUAAAAAUGAAACAGAAUUUGCCAUGUUGUAAUGCAUAUUACAUACACAGACGAACACUAUUAUAAAAUCAGGAAAAGAUUAAUUUGCGAAAAUGAUGCAAGGUACUUGAUCACAAGUUAUACAUGAAGAACAGAAUUAUGAAAGUUUUACAUAGAUGGAGAAGUACGAUGUGUAGAGUUGCUGACAAUGAUACAAUAAUAAUCGUAAGAAUCAGAGUAAACGAAAUAUUUAAUAACUUUCAAUAAUAUAUUAACUAUAAUAUAUAAAUUUAUAUAUAUAUACAAGGGUGAGGAGAGAUGACUGUCCAUAUUGGAGACCUUAUACAUGAAAAAAGAGAGCAGUAUUAUUUCCCAAUAAUUUAAUAA